GCCCCUUUCCCUGCCCGCGCUGAGGACGGCUUGGCUCGGGAGUUGACCCGACGACCCCUCGCACUGCGCAUGCGCGGGGGCUGCUGUUGCAGAAGACAGGCGUUGUAAGUGCCAGUCGCAGCCAAGAUACAGUUGGAUCUGCUUCUUACCUCCAGAAGCUCGUUGGUAGGAUUCCCUAGCUGCCUGGCCUUUGCUAAGAUGGCCCCAACAGUGCCAUUGAUCUGCAGUGGGACAGUGAGUAGGGUGAGUUCUGUUCUCAACCGGGAUGUGAAGCAGUUUGGGAAGAAGCAUCUGUUUGACCAGCUGGAGGAGACCUGCUGGAACUCAGACCAGGGAUCCUCCCAGUGGGUGGUGCUGGAAUUUCCACAGACGGUCAAGGUGUCCCAGAUCCAGAUCCAGUUCCAGGGCGGGUUCGCCUGCCGGCAUGGUCGCCUGGAAGGCGGCAGGAAGAACGAAACGUUGGUGAAGAUCACAGAUUUCUACCCCGAAGACUUCAAUUCGUUGCAGAGCUUUCCCGUGGCAGAUGUGAUGGUGGACAAGUUGAAAAUCACCUUCGAGAACAGUACCGACUUCUUUGGCAGGAUCAUCAUCUACCACCUGCGCGUUUUUGGGGAGAGGCUCUAACUGACUUGGGGGUGAGGAGUGAACAAACCCAACUUCCACCCUUUCCCCAUCCCUUCCUGUCCAAGCACAGUGGCCCUGGCCCUUUCCCUGUUCAGCCUGGGUCAAGGCAGGGAACAUCUGAGCGAAAGACAUGAGAGUAGGGAUGCUGUGACUGGGAGCAGCUUCCCGGUGUCUUCCUACGCCCCACUCCCCGAGGAAGUAGCUAACCACAACUGGAGCUUGUUGCAAAACCAGUUCCUUUGAAAACCUAAGCCUAAAACCCUUGGACCCAGGAGCUGUGGCAGGUGCUAAGCUAAACUGGGUUCUGGGCCUGGAAAAUCAUUCCCUGUUAUCACCUCCCCCACCCUUAACUAUGAUCUUCUGCUCUGCCCUGAUCCCAUUUUCAG